AUGUCUGCCAAUUAUUGUACGAUCCCAACUGCGGCAAUCAAGCAGCCUAAACCCUUUGUCGUGCGUCAUACCGAUGAGCAGCUACGAGAUUUUAAGACUGCUAUUGAGUCUACCAAGCUUGGUCCAACUACCUAUGAGAAUCUUCAACAGGACCGUAAGUAUGGAGUCACCUCGCAAUGGCUCCGUGAGGCCGUGGAGGCAUGGAAGGAAUUCGACUGGCGCAAGGUAGAGGGUGAAGUCAACCGGUUCCCCAACUUCACGGCUGAAGUUGAGGACAAUGGUGUCUCAUACACCAUACAUUUCAUGGCUCUCUUUUCCGAUCGGGAUGAUGCUAUACCUAUACUCGCUCUACACGGUUGGCCAGGAAGCUUCCUCGAGUUCCUGCCUAUAUUCUCUCGGCUAUCCGCCAAGUACAGUCCCCAAGAGCUCCCAUAUCACAUCAUUGUACCUUCACUCCCUGGAUAUGCAUACUCAUCAGCUCCACCACUGGACAGAGACUUUCGUCUUGAGAAUGCCGCCAACAUCCUGGAUUCUCUGAUGGUCCAGUUGGGAUUUGGGAAUGGCUAUGUCGUUCAGGGCGGUGAUGUCGGGAGUAAGAUUGCACGCGUCCUUGGUGGUACCUUUCCAAGGGCCAAGGCCAUUCAUCUGAACUUUUCGAUUAUGCCUGACCCUGGGAAUAUCGACGAGAGCGUCUAUGAUGACUUGGAGCGUGAAGGUCUUAAGCGCGCCGAGUGGUUCACCAAGUUUGGCAGUGCUUACGCGCUUCUGCAUGCUACCAAGCCUGCCACUAUCGGCCUAGCACUAUCGGCCAGUCCUGUCUCCCUCUUGGCGUGGAUUGGUGAGAAGUUUCUCGACUGGACUGAUGAUGAUUUGCCCCUUGAUACUGUCUUGGAGUCAGUUUCACUCUACUGGCUAACGCAGUGUUUCUCAACAUCACUCUGGCCAUAUAGGCAGCUGUUUACGCCUGGUAAUAUUGGUGCGCAUGAGAAUCCGGUGUGGCAUAUUAAUAAACCGUUGGGAAUGUCUUGGUUCCCUAAGGAAAUUGCCCCUGUCCCAGAGGCAUGGACUGCAACAACUGGGGACUUGAUACUGUUCAAGAAGCAUAACAAAGGUGGCCAUUUUGCAGCGAUGGAGCACCCUGAUGUUUUGUUAGCAGAUCUGGAGGAAUUUCUUAACAUGGUUAAGCCCUCGAUUUAA